UCCUCCAAAUUUUUGACCCCUUCCCCUUUUCAAAAUUCGUUCUACAGAUAAGUAAAUACCUGAAACACAAAAAAAAUCCCUUAUUAAAGAGGGGUUCAAAAAUGGCAUUCUCAGCCAACCCGUUAUCUCUAAGUGUACCCGAACCCGUAUUCGAAUCCUGGCUCCGAGAUACAGGUUACCUUGAAAUUCUCGAUCAACGCACCACCGAUCUCCACCGUCACUCCUCCAACACAGCCUCCGUCAACGCCACUGCCACGUCAUCCUCCGACGGUGCUGGUGUAACUAACUCUGCUGCCAGCUCAGCAGUUUCAAUUUCGAAUGGAGUAUUUGUUCUGAUUUUUACGCGUAUUGGAACGUUGUUGUCGCUUUUUACGCUUAAUCCGUUUGCCAAACUCAGGUCUGAUGAUUUUUCUGGUGAUACUCCAUCGUGGACGGGAGGAUUGGUCGGGUCGUUGGAUUCAUAUUCGUUUCCUUCGUCGAAUUCUCAGGCGAGGCUUAGAGUUCAUGAGAAUGUGAAACGCUAUGCGCGAAAUUAUGCGUCUCUGUUCGUGCUCUUCUUUGCUUGCUCUCUGUACCAAAAGCUGCUUGCCCUUGUAGGGUUGAUAUCAUGUUUGGCACUUUGGGAUGUGUUAAAGUUAUGUGGAGACCGUUGGGGAUUAGAGCAGCGUCCAGUUAUCAAACAAAGCUUGAUUCGCAUUGCUCAGUGUGCAACUGCAGUUAUUCUAUUCUGUACCAACGUUCAAAUGGCUCUCAUCUCAGCUAUUGCGGUCAGUUAUGCAGUGAUGAUUCUGCAUGCCUCAUUUAGGAAGCUGACCCCCUCGAAACAGUCAACUUCAAAAGAUGGAAACAGGAGGAUUCUUAGAAAUGGAUGAGUGGUUAUAUUGUCAAAUCAUAUAAUCACAGACUCACAGUCGUAGCUCGGAGAGAAGGUAAACUAUGUUUACUAGCUAGCAUAGGAGUCUUGGUUCAUGAGCACAUUUGAAACUGAGAAAAUUCUUCUAGUCACAUUGUAAGAAAAGGUUAUUUCUUUUAAUUCAAAUUUAGGUUGUAUAUGUGUAUAAAAAUAAUACAAUGGGGGAAAAAAAGACUAUAUAGAUGGCCGUAGAACCUAAAGAGAAUUAGCAUGGACCAAAUCUGGCGUACGUUCCUGCGACCCCCUGGACUUGCACCAUAAUUUGUUGGCUAUCCAAGGACAUAGUGCUUUGGAUGAUUUCUAAACUUCUACUCACCCAAAAAUUGGAUGAAAUUACUAUCC